AUGGAUGACGCCGAGCUACAAGCUAUAAGAGCUGCAAGACUUCAAGAGCUUCAGAAGAACGCCGGACAAAAAGGUGGAGAAGAACAACCGUUAAACGCAGCUCUGGGCCAGGUCCUCGAACCAAGUGCACGCGAACGUCUGUCCCGUGUCAACAUGGUUAGACCUGACCGCGCCAGGGCCGUGGAGCAGUACAUAAUGAGACUCGUACAGAGCGGACAGGUUCGUCAAAAGAUCCAAGAAGACGACAUUGUACAAAUCCUCAACGGGCUAGCAAGGGAUGAGGCCAAACGUAAUGAGACCAAGAUUGUCUUCUCGAGAAGAGAUAAAUCGUCAAGCUACACAGCAUCGCAAGCAGAUAACGAGGACGAGGACGAGGACGAUUUCUUCGACUAG